AUGUUCCCGCCGUCGCAGAGCAUGAACCUCGACGUCGAUGCCAUUAGUGGCAUCGCCGGCUCCAUCUCUAUCGCCUGCUGGGUCGUCGUCUUCUCGCCGCAAAUAAUCGAAAACUUCCGGCGCGCCUCGGCUGACGGCUUGUCGGUCGUCUUCAUCGUCAUCUGGCUGGCUGGCGAUGUCUUCAACAUCAUAGGCGCCGUCCUGCAGCGCGUGCUGCCCACCAUGAUCAUCCUCGCCGUCUACUACACCCUCGCCGACAUUGUGCUGCUGGGCCAGUGCUUCUACUACAAGGGCUUCACCCUCAAGGACGAGGUGCAGAAGCCGCCCGCCAGCGACGAGGAAGCCGACACGCCCACGGAACGCUCCGCCCUGCUUGCGCCGCCCCAGAGCAGCCGCCGCUCUUCCUUCACCGACCGCCUACUGCACGAUGGCGUCGACGGCACGCACCUUUCUCCCGCGACGCCCUUUGCCGAGCCGAUCGCCGACGACGCCACCCCGCGCGCCGCGCCAUCGCCGCGCUCCGCCGUCAAGGCCGUCCUCUUCAACCUGGUUGCCGUGCUCCUCGUCUGUGCCGCCGGCUUCCUUGGCUGGCUUUUCACAUCGCGCGGCGCUAGCGACGGCGGAGACGGCGGCGGCGACGCCUCCGAUACGCUGCACUUCAAUGUCGGGGGCCAGAUUGGCGGCUACAUCUGCUGUGUCUUGUAUCUGGGCUCGCGUCUGCCGCAGCUGUAUCUCAACUACAAGCGCCAGUCGACCGAGGGCAUCAGCAUGCUCUUCUUCAUCUUUGCCUGUCUCGGCAACCUGACGUACGUCGUCAGCAUCCUGGCCUACAAGCCCGUGUGCCGUGGUGACACCUGCCGGCCCGGUGAGGCGGGCGCUAUCUACGCGCGGUACUUCCUUGUGAACUUUAGCUGGCUGCUCGGUAGCUUCGGUACGCUGCUACUCGAUGCUGGUGUGUUUGUUCAGUACUUUAUGUACAGGAAGGACGACGAUGACGCGCUGGCGGCGCAGUAG